AUGAACAAUAUGAAAAAAGCAUCCAGUUAUUAUAGAACCAAACGAAGAAAAAUUCAAAAUGAACUUGAAUUAUUAGGUAAUUGGUCUAGUGAUGAUUUGGAAACAGAACCUGAUACUGACUGUGUGAUAAAACCAUUUUCUACUGAAAUACCUAUUGCUCAUGAUGACCAAAACUUAAACUCUCUUUAUCAAAUUAAUGUCGAAAAUGCUGACAGUUCAUUAAAUACUUUCCAUACACAAUUACAUUUUUUAUCACCUGAGUUGUCAUGUAAUGUAAUCAAUAAUAUCCCGAUAGAUGUUAAUAGCAACACACACAUAAAUAGUAAAAAAGAAAGUCUAGAAGAGAGUAUUAAGCAAUCCUUAGGUCAAUGGGCAGUUAAUUGUAAUGUUCCUCAAAAUACUUUUAACAAACUACUGACAAUUUUGAAAUUUGAAACACCUUUAACAUUUUUACCAAAAGAUUGCCGUACACUUUUGAAAAGUGGAUCAUCAAAAGUUUUAAAUAUUAGAGAAGUGAAACCAGGCAAAUAUUACCAUUUUGGCCUUAAAAAAGGUAUCAUAAAGUAUUCAUUGGUCUUACCAUUAAGCGAUCACAUUAAGAUUGCUGUCGGAGUAGACGGAUUGCCAAUUAGCAAAAGUAGUUCGGGUCAAUUAUGGCCAAUUUUAGCUUAUAUUAUGCCUUACUGUAGCUAUGUAUUUCCUAUAGGAAUAUAUUACGGAUAUCAAAAACCUCAAGACAGUAAUGAUUUUCUUUAUGAUUUCAUUUCUGAAGCCCUAGAAUUAACCACUAAUGGUAUUACUAUUAACAACAAGAUAAAAAAGGUAACUCUUGAAGUUAUGUGCUGUGAUGUACCGGCAAAAAGCUUUUUAUUACGUGUAAAAGGACACUCAGGAUUUUUUUCAUGUACUAGAUGUACACAUGAAGGUGAAUAUAUUAACCACAGAGUUUGCUUUCCAUAUAAUGCCAUUGCUCAUAAAAAAAGAAGUCAUGAUGAUUAUGUGUCAAUGAAUAAUGAAGAGCACCAUAUUUCACCUAUAAUAUCAUCUAUUGUGUUAAUACCCAAUAUAAAUGUAACAGACUUAUUUUCGCUUGACUACAUGCACUUAGCUUGUUUAGGAGUCAUGAAAAAAUUAAUCAAUCUUUGGCUGACAAAUGGUCCGCCAAAUGUACGUCUAUCAAGUUUGAAAAUCAAAAAAUUAUCUUCUUCUCUAAACAAAAUUCACAACUGUAUAACAAAUGAUUUUGUUCGCAAACCAAGAGGAAUUGAGGAAUAUCCUAGAUAUAAGGCAACAGAACUUAGGCAGUUGCUCCUUUAUACAGGGCCGGUGGUUUUAAAAGAUAUCUUAUCUGAUGAAUGCUAUCAAAAUUUCAUGACACUAAAUAUAGCAAUGAGAAUUCUCUUAAGUACUGAUCAUUCUAAAUAUGUAGGUUAUGCCGCCAAACUCUUGGAUUAUUUUGUGAAAACAUUCGAACAAAUGUAUGGCUCCCACUUUGUAUCACAUAAUGUACGUAGCUUACUACAUUUAGUAGAUGAUUAUGUCAAAUAUGGACCUCUCGAUAACUGUAGCUGUUUUCCAUUCGAGAACUAUAUGAAAGUUUUGAAACAAAUGAUUCGAAAACAUGAUAAACCAUUACAGCAAAUAAUUAAACGUUAUGAUGAAAUCUAUAUUAAUGACAAAAUAAAAUUUGGAAAUCAUGAUCAUAAUACAUUCACAGUUAAGAAACCAGAUUGUUUUAUACUAACAAGUGCAGGUGAAAUAGUACAAAUUAUUGAAAUAUUAUCGAAUUCAUCAGUUAUUAUUGGAAAAUCAUUUAAUAGCAAAAGUGAUAUGUUUGAAAAACCAAUAAAAUCAUCAAAACUAGAUAUAUAUGUUGUUAAUAAUUUAUCUGAAAACUCUAUGCAAUGGCAUAUAUCAGAUAUUAAAAAAAAAAUUAUGAUUUUUAAUAUAGAUGGUAAAUUGUUGGCUCUGCCCAUAUUGAAAUAA